AUGAGAUUAUCAACGAUAGCGGCUGGCGUCAUUGCCUGCCUGGCCACCGAUGUUGCUGCCACAGCCCUGACAUACAAACUCGACGCCAACGAGAAAGCGUGUUUCUACACAGAGACCAAGAAGGAUAACGAGAAGAUUGCAUUCUACUUUGCUGUCCAAUCUGGUGGUUCAUUUGAUGUCGACUACCUUGUUGAAGGCCCCAAUGCAAAGGUGAUUCUCAAGGGCGAAAAGGAGCGCCAGGGCGACUUCGUUUUCACUGCCCAGCACGCUGGUGAAUACUCCUUCUGCUUCGACAACGAGAUGAGCACCUUUGCCGAGAAAUACGUCGACUUCGAGAUUGCGGUCGAAAAUGAGACGCGAACUGCUCAAUUGCCCUCCAAGCAGGGCACGUCACCCGAACAGACAUCUGUCCUCGAAGACUCCAUCUUCAAGAUUUCGAGCCAGCUUUCCACAAUUUCACGAAACCAAAAGUACUUCCGAACGCGUGAGAACCGCAAUUUCUCGACUGUCAACAGCACGGAGAAGCGCAUCGUCAACUUUAGCAUGAUUCAAAUCGGCCUGAUUAUCUGCAUGGGUGCUUUACAGGUGUUUAUUGUCCGGUUCUUCUUCCAAGGCGCGCGCAAGGGCUACGUUUAA